AUGGUUCGAGGUGAAGGGUCGUAUGCGGAAUUUGAAGACAUGGAAUGGAAGGCUUGUUCUCGUGCAGCUGUUGCUCGGAUGGAAGAAGAUGACGGCGCGGCAGUAUCCACAGAAGUCGCAACUUGUGGUCCUCCACUCGCUUUGAAACUGAGUAUCCAUUGCCCUUUGCCUCACACUGGAACAGAAAGUGCCCUCUUUUUGAAUGGUCAAGAUACACUAUGUUAUAGUUGGGUACAGUAUAUGGUUCUAGCUAAUAAGCUACAUAGCCGUAUAGAAAGAUUUGGGCGUCUCGUCAAUUGGUCCAAUGAAGUCUAUGGGGAUGAUUUGAGCGAAAAUUACCAAGAACAAGCAGGUGUUGAAACUCUUGGAAGAUGCCGAGUCUGUCAAGAUGCUGACACAUUUUUCGAGAUAGUCCUUCUGAAGGUCCGGAUUUUCACAGCCAAUGAGAAAACAAGGUCUCUCGGUGCCGUCGAUGUAGGCUUGAAGUGGCGCGAUGUUGAAAAGAGGCGUAUCGUCAUGUAUAGCAGGGAUCACGUCGCUCGAUUGGAUCAUGAAAUCCACCUCAACAACCAUUUUAUUUGCUGUCAAGGAUUUUGA